AUGGCUAACCUAAGAUGUAACCUACUCGCUGCUUUGUCAUCUCCCUCCUCCCUCUGUCGCCUUGCCUGGAUUGAGGCUGCGGACGAAGCCGUUCAGGCGGCUAAGGAGAAGGCGGAAAACGUACAUGGGAGGUUGGAUCAUAGUGAUAAUAAUGGUAGUCCGAAGACACAGAUUGGCCAAGGAGUUAAGCAAAUUAAUGAGGCUAAGGACAAAGUUAAGCAAGUUGAUGACGCGCUUCAAGCUGUUCACACCGAUUUAGGUAACUGGAAAUCUGCGGCAAACAGUGUCCUUGACUCAGCGGUUAAGAAGGCGACGGAAGUCCAUGGCAAGUUGGAUCCUGAGAAUAAAGCUGAUGACCAUCCUAUUGGUCACAACAUCGAGAAGAUUCACACUUCCAACGAAGCGAUUAAAAAAGCAAAUGAGGACCUUAAAAGCCAUGUCGACAGCCUUAACUCUUGGAUCUCCACCGCGGAGGGGAUCCGCCAAAAGGCCCAGAAGAAAGCGGAGGAGGCUUAUAGUAAGCUGAACGUUCACGCCGAAUUGAGUAGGAAUGUUCAGAAGAUUGUGGAAGCUAAUCAGAAUAUUAAAGAUGUUAAUACUGCGCUGGGAAAGGUUCAUGGAAACUUGGGAGCGUGGAAGCAGGAGGCUGGGAAAGUGCUUGAAGGGGCGAUUGCACAGGCGACGGAUGUAUAUGAUGCGUUGGAAGAUAAGAGUAAGCCGGAAUCCAUUGGUCAAAAUGUGAAAAACAUUGAAACUGCUAAAGGACAAAUUGAGCAAGCCAAUAAAGCUCUUGCCACUGAAGUUGCCAAUUUAGGUAACUGGAACGCUGCCGCCAAGGAUGUUAUUACCAAGGCGGAGCAGAAGUGUGAGGAGAUACUUAAGAAAGUUGACCAAAAAGGUAAGAUUUAUGUGCAAGCUCAAGAGUUACAGAAGAAAGGUACUGAACUUUUGAAGGCUGCGAAGGAUGCUAAGCAGGCUGUUGAGCUGAACGUCACUAAGGCACUGGAGGCUGUUGUGAAGAUGGACGGAGAUCUCAAGAGGGAUUUGAAGGAUGUGAAACAGAAGAUUAAGGAAGGGAUACAAAAGGUGAUUAAAGAUUUGGGAGUUAAUGAGUUGGGUAAUAAAGUGAAGAUUGAUUUGGGGACGUUGAAGGAGAAGAUUAGUGAUGUUACUAAAGAUGUUGAUGAGAAUACAGCGAAAAAUAGUGGUCUUGUAAGUGGGCAACUGAAAAAACUGGAAGAGGCGAAAACGCAGUUUAAUGAGAAAACUACGGCAAUUCAGCAAGCGGAAAGAGAGCUUGAAAACAAGUUUAAUGACCAUAUCAAGACUCCGCUUAACUCUGCUGUCAGUGAAGUUGACUCGGCGAUUGGGGAGCUUGGGGAGAAGUUUACUAUUAGUGGCAGCAAAAAUCCAGGAACUAUUCACGAGAUUCUUGGACAUAUUCACAAGGAGGUUGCGGCAAUUAAGGGGACGCCGGGGACAAGUUGGGAUAACUCAGGUGGCUCAGGGCUCGAAGGGAUUAAGUCCAAGGUGAAGCAUUAUUUUGAAGCCUUUGGCGGAAGUGACGGGAGUAAGUUCAAGAAUAUAGUGAAGGGCUGGAUUGAGAAGACUAUUUUGCCGCAUAACGGUUUGGUCAGUGAUAGGAUUAACGACAAGAUUGUUGGAGGGAGUACAGAAAACAUUAACCAGAAAAUGGCAGGUGAAAUUAAGGAUAAUCUUGGCGUCGAAGCAACUGAAGCCGGUCAAACGGUUGAACAAGCAAAAAGCGGCGGUGCAGAAGACAUCGCAAAACGCAUCCAAGCUGUGAAGGCAGGCUGCGAGAAAUUCGCGGAUACGCUUGAUCAGAAACUGAAGGAACCGGACAGUGCUACUUCUGGCAUAGUCUCUAAGGUUAAGGGGCUGUUGACAUACAUAAAACACGACGCGAAAUGCAUAUGCUAUUGCAGUCACUGCAGAGGCACAGAGUGUAAGCAAAACUCUGUCACCGCUGUUAUUCUGGGAUCACUCUCUUCUGUGUCCAGACAGGUGGGCAACGAACUGAAUUCAGUGCUGCUCGAGCCCGAGAGUGGCGCAAACAUCGCUGGCAUCCUGGACAAGAUCACACCCAUUGCAGCGAUGCUUAGCACUCAGCUUACCCAGGCGACUGAGAGAUCCGGCCAAUCAAAUAAUGAAAGCCCCGCCCAAGCCGUGGACAGUAGGUUGGGGGAAGUGAGGGAUUUCGUGAAUGGGAAAAAUGGUGAUAACCUUAACAAGAUAUUCAAGGAGAACGUGAUAAAUACACUCACUGAAAAGGUUAGGCAACUUCCCGGCGCCGUUGGAGCUUUCGACCAAGAAGCUCAGAAUCAGAUCAAGGCUGCCGCCAAGACGGCGAUUGAGAGGGCGGCUGGGCAGAUUAGUGAUAAUGGUGAUCCAAAUACAAUUGAACUUGGUAAAAAUGGUCUCAUGGACACUUUCGAGAAAGCACACAAGCAGAUAAGGGAGAACCUCAAGACAAAACUUGACGGCCAAGUUGAUGAGCACAUUGGGGAGGAUGAUGGGACGGGUGGCGUUAACAUUAAGGCCACUAAGCAGUUUGAUAGUUACGAUACGCACGUUAACCAAGACAGUAUUAAGAACGUUAAUCCCAAGAAACCGGAAAGCCUAAAGGAGCUAAAAGGCCAUCUUCCCGAGAAGAUCAAGAACAUUAGCAAUGAUGGUCUGCGAAGCCUCACUGAAGUCAUCGGUCAACCAGGCGGCAAAGCAGAAAUUACUAAAGAUACUUUUGAUAAGCCGUUCACCCAAAUUAAGACACAGCUUGAAGAGAUCAAGAAAUUGGUUGAUGGUGAACGCUCCGACAGUUCAUUUAUGGAAGGAGACCCAAAUGAAGGCAUCAAGGACUUUUUACGUAAUUUAACAAGUAUGCUUGGCAAUGCGUUUUUUGUUGACGGUAAUAAAGGUUUAGAUGAAAUUAAAAAGGCAAUUGAAGGUCUGCAUAAAACUCCGUUCACUACCCAUCCCAAGGCAAUUGACACAGCCGUCACAGCAAUUAAGGAAGAAUUGAGGAAGCUGAGAGGGAAGUUGAAGAAAGAUGCAAGUGGAGCGUCAGACAACGAUGUGAUAAACGCUUUGAGUGACUUGAGAGAGAAGGGGCUUGGUGGUCAUUGGAAUGGUAACGGCGGAGAUUGGAAGGACACUAAAGGUUUAACAACAAUCGAGAUACAACUUCAGCAUCAGAAUGCUAUAUUACCUGAGCAAACAGAAAUAAUUGGCAAGGCUAUAAAAGAAAUUCGUGGACAACUUGCAUCAAUUGGAUACAGGUUGAAUGAUUAUGGAUCAUAUGAUGACGUCGUUGACCAGUUGCAAAGGUUGGCCAAUUACAUCGGUAAAGGCAAAAGCACAAAUGGAUACAGUCUCAAUCUUCAAGCAAUCCACGAUGAAAUUGCAAAGUUACAAUCCGGUGAUUUUACAUCCAAUCCACAAGCCAUAGGGGAAGCCAGCGAGGCAAUCAAGGAUGCACUCAAAGGGCAGAUGAGCACGCUGGGCAGUGAUGUCAUCAAGACGCUGACCAAUUUGAUGACCAAAGGGAUGAGUGAACAGGCAAGUUGGAAGCAAGAUAAAAAUGUAAAUGGUUUUCAAAAAAUCCAAAAUGAUCUUAACACUCAACAAAGUGAGUUGUCCACUCAGCCCACUGCAAUCGGCAGUGGCGUUCAGAAGAUCACCAGCGAGCUUGACGAGCUGAGGAAGCAGUUGCAGGGUGAGCAAGGCGCUGACCCAAAUGAAAGAGGCGUGAUAAAGAAUAUGGAUUUUGUGAUAGAGAAGAUUGGUAAGGACAAAAAUGAAGGUCUUGAAAAAAUCAAGAAAGACAUUGCCACCCUCAAUAAGGACACAGUCCCUGACAUCAACAAAUUCCUUGGUGAACUGUGCGCCAAGAUUGCGAGCGAAGCCGGUAGUGUGGAUUGGAAGUUGGGGCUUUUCAAAGAAAAUAACAUCGACAAAGACCUCGCAAAAAUCAAGACACAAAUUGACACCCUACGCAUAGAUGACCUCCAGGCGGCCAUCGCCAUGUGCGACAAGUUCCUCACCAACGCCGAUUACAUAAAAUGGGAGAAAGUAGAAAACAUUGAACGCUUCGUAGACAGUGAGAUUGAAAAGGCAAUCGCGGAGCUCACCAAGCAGGCGCGGCGUGACUACGUGGAGUCCGCCAGGGACGCGCUGAAACACUUCGCCGACAAGGUGGCCGAGGAGCUGGGGGAGCCGCCCAAGGAGAUAAACAGGGAUCUCUUCGUGGGCUACAAGGGCUUCAUGAAGCAGAUGGAGGGUGAGCGCAGCGAAAACAUUAAUAGGCUAAGGAACGUGCAGAGCAGAAUGCUCCGAGCAUUGUCCUCCGCGUUCCAGAAUUUCUUCGCGCCGCUCGACGAGUAUCUCCGUGAGGAGAUUGAGAGAGUGAAGAAGCAGAGUGACGACGAAAAGAAUCCCUCACUGCCGAAGUCGGAAGAGCCCUACGCCGCCGAGUGGGACGCCGUGCACAGCGAUGUCAACGCCCUGCUCAAUUACCUCUGCGUGACGCAGGGCUUCGACGACAGGCUGCGAGGCCUGCUCCACAACCUCAAGGAUGCGCUCACACAGCUGAGGCCGCAGGGCUUCCAGAAGCCCUCCACUCCCACGCUGGACUCCGUGAGCAGGGGACUCAGUGCCUUCGACGCUGAGUUCGGCGAUGCAUAUAUCUCCACUUACUCGGGCGCGGAGUGCCGGGAGGCGGACGCCGAUAAGUACGCCAAGGUGUUGCUGAGCUUUAUUCCGAUGACGCACGAGGCGCUUAGCAACUUGGCAGAGAAAUGCGGCACCAACUGGCGAAGCUAUAAGAUAUGCAAGCUCACCCCCGACGGGAGGGACAACGGCCUGGGCAACUACCUCACCAAAUGCGGCUACACAGUGUCACCCACCGACGGACUCCAGGAGGGGGAGUUGCAAAACCACGGCGACAUGAACGGUGAGCAAAUUCAUGCUUUGCUUAACUCCCCAGUUGAAGGUGUAGCCAUCAAAAUGCUGGUCGGCGGUAAGCCUCCAGAAAAUGAUAUUAAUGUUAUUGAUAUUAUUGGUCUUCUUCAUAACAUGCUUUGUCGCUACCUCCAGGUCUGCCACCUUAAAGUACACGAAUCGCCCAGGUACCCCUGCACGGUGAGGGACAUGUUGUCUUGGCUCUCAGGCCUGCAGUACACUCCGGUGGCGGACAAACUGCCUGACCACUGCAGGGCGUUGCUCAACCGCAAGUGCGACGAUAACGAUGCCCCCAACAGGGAGGAUAAAGUCAUGGUGCAGUGCAUAAAUGGCCUGCCGUUCACUAUCGCAGAAGCGUGUUCGUACGCCAACUCAUUGCUCGUAACCAUACAGGGCCACGGCCGCGGCUUUGACCUCGCCGCCUACCCCUACUCCGUCGACUUCGCCAACAACACCGCACAGCUGUACUACCCGGCCGACCCCGACGAGCUGCUGGAGAUGAUGAGACGGAUAAUAUGCCGCCUGUGCUCAGUGCUCUAUUUCCUCUACGCCCAGUGCUGCCGUGCCACCGCCACAACCAAGGGCUGGCGGGAGUGCCACUACGGCCGGCAGGUGCCGUCCUCCCACUGGCAAUGUAACACUCUCGACAAGCAGCCCGAUGACGCAACUCACAACUGCCCGCCCACCUCGCCGCUGCAGUCCUUCCUCACCGACAGCUGUCCCAGCCUCCUGCCGCAUAAGCUCAGUGUAGUUGACAAUGCCAUCGAAUGUGCCGACUGCCCUGCCAACCUACCAGGCCAGCAGUGCCUCACCCCGCUCGGCUUCUGGGACCUUGGCCUGGCAGCCUCCAUGAGACGCACCGGCAAGGAACUUGCGAAGUCACUCGGCCGUCUCUGCAGUGACGCCGACGCCUGCCUCUUCCAACUCUGCCGAACGCUGCGCUUGCUGUGCCCCUCAGCACCGCAGUCACUCGGCGACGUGUUUGCGCUGUUCUUCCAAAUGCUCAGAGUGUGGGAUCACGAAUCGUCCCGGCGUGCGUACUCUCACCAUGAGAGUUACCAAACGCACCUGAGCGAUGAGGCCAUCGACAAGCUGUUCCCUCUGUGGACACAGCUCCACGGCAGUUACCAGAACAGCAAUCUCACCAACGCCCUGAAUGAACUCGCCGGCCAUGACCAUGACAACUCAGGGCACAAUGCCCUCUCAAGCCUCUCCGCCGAGCCCCCUUGUCAAUCACCCAGUGGAUGCGCCCCCUUCCUCCAGCCGCUGGCGCUGCACGCCAACCACACCUUCCCGCAGAAGCACGCACAGCUGUAUGUCUCGUGGAUAGUGUGGCUGGCAUGGCAGCUGUGGGAGCUGCUGGAGUCCCUGCUGGACGCCUUGAACAACAUCGACUGCACGGCCCACGGCUGUGCCACGUGCCUCUGUCAGCCAGGCAACCACGGCGGCGAAGACGCCUGCCACUGCCCGUCACUCGUCGAAUGUGGCGGACCUCUGCCGACACUCUACCGCUACGGAUUCACGUAUCGCAACGCCCACGCCCUGCUCGCCGGCAGCCAGAAGAUACGGUGCAGUGACCUCAACGACCAACUCACCAAGGCACUCCACUCCGACCACUUCACUCAACUGUUCCACCAGAUCGACCAACUCCUCUACACCAUCCGUGCCCCCUUCCUCUUCGCCAUCGUCGCACUCUGGCUCAUCGCCACGCUCUACAUCCUCGGCGUACUGCUCUACCGCAUGGACGUCCUCCGCAUACGAUCUCACCUCCUCACCACCAGGGCCUCCCACCAAGUCGACGUCAAGGCGCUGCUCGCCGGCAGCCGCAGGAUGCUCUCACUCUACAAAGACGUCGACUACUUCGACGACGACUUUCACUCUUGA